CGACGACCACGAUCACACCUCACCAUAUUUAUGUCUGUUUUUUCAUCUCUUAGCCCUUUGCCACGACGAAGACUAUCCUGAGCUGUCCACGACAUGUCACGCCUCUCUUCUAUCUUCUCAACUCUCGGUGGCAGUUCGAUGAGCUCCCAGAGCAGGACUACCGACGGCCUCACGAGGCUACGCUUCACUCUGGAAACCCUACCUGGCUCAAAGAAGUAUAUCUUCACCCCGGGAACUCGCUCUGAGAUCCUACAGGAACUCUACGAGACAUUCUGGGGUCCCCACGGAAACUUAUUCUUGCCCAACGCAAUCUCGUAUCUUCCCGUCCAGCUUCUCUUGAGCGAGGUUCAGACAAGGUAUGGUUUCCAUGGUGCUGGUGGAGAUCCUCCAAUAGUUCCAGGGAGAUCGUGUGGGCAUAUAUUCACAAAGGGUGAAAGCUGCUAUCGCUGCAAGGAUUGUGCCCUAGAUGAUAGCUGUGUCAUGUGUGCGCGUUGCUUCCAUGCAACAAGACAUGAAAACCACAACGUUUCGUUUUACAUCGCCCAGCAAUCUGGAGGAUGCUGUGACUGUGGUGAUCAGGAGGCCUGGCGAUAUCCCAUAGGGUGUCGGUACCACCCUCCAUCUGCAGAAGAGGCACUCAGAGUACCUCCUCGUUCUCUUAAUGCAGGAAGCAAAUCCCAAGCGCUUCUCAACCGCCCGGCUGUUACACCUGAGCUCUGGGAUUCGAUGUCCAGAACAGUGGCAUAUGCCCUAGAUUUCAUUCUUGACACCUUGGAUUAUUCACCGGAUGAAACGCUGCUACCUACAACAGAGGCAACACUCACAGAGCAAGUAACGGCAGACCCUUUGAAGAAGGAUCUCUACGCUAUAAUAGUGUGGAAUGACGACAAGCAUUCCUUUGACGAAGUAACUCGACACCUGACAGACACUUGCGGUUGUUCAACCGAAGAGGCUGCUAAUCACACGGCCAAAAUUGAUGAUCACGGACGUGACAUCGUAGAGAUGAAUACCUACAGCCCUAAGCUGUUGGAUAUUGCUCAGGCUAUAGCUAGGAUCGAUUUGGGCGUUACGGUUAGGCGUGCAUACGAUACGUUUAGGGAACAGAUCGCUGGUGUCCUUAUUGAAUGGUUAUUGGAUCUAACCAAAUGUCGCUUACUGUCGGACACGAUGGUUAUUCGAGAGGUCAUCGCAGCGGAAUUCUUCAGUCCAAGGCGUAAGGACCUACAUUGUUUGCUGCAGCAUGCGGAUUGUGCCAAGGUUCUACAAGAAAUCGAUGACCCGUCAAGACUAGACUGGAUGUUCUUGUACCAUACUAGGCUGUGGAAGAAGCCUCGUCUGAGUCUGAAAGAAAUCUAUGUUUCUAUCCUGACUCUUAGUCACGAACACAAGAUGUCCGUUGCUGUUCAUUACGCGAAUGUAUAUCACUGGAUUAUCGACUCAUAUCUUUUAGUCGACCGUGAAGCAGAGACGUCAAUCAAAUACUUCGCCCUUCAGUUAUUUACGGUUCCAUCCAUCGCGGCGCACAUCGUGCAAGACCACCAAAUAAUAUCGCGACUUCUUGCCAUCAUAACCUCCUUCUUCACUAACCAGAUACGGAACAAGCGCGUCCAUUAUCCCCCAGAUAGUCGCGCCGAAAUUGACGUCGAUACGUUCCCCUUCAAAUCAAAGCGAUUCAUGCCGGUAUUCAGCGAUUUGCGUUACAUUGCCCACAAUCAGAGCGUGCAACAUCUCAUCGCGCGUGAUCUUGCGUAUAUUGAGCAAUUUGCGAAGACGUGUAAACUUUUCAUGUGCAUAAACCCGAACAAACGUGCGGUUUCGACACACGUCGAGUACGAGACGGACGCGUGGAUCAGCGUUUUCAAUGUCACUCUCAGCCUGUCCCGGGUCAUCAAAGUGUAUGGGGAAGCUUUCGCGUUGGCUUCAUCUGCGCAAUUAAUUAAGGCGAUUCACAUUGUGGCGGACAACAUUAUGGACAUUUGCAAUGUGGUUGACCCUCGAAUGGAUGCUUCAAAGUUCAAGAAGAUUAGCCAUCACGCGGUGACUGUGGGCGACAAAGCAGCGAUGACGAUAGACUUCAAUAUCAUGGACGGCUGGGUUAGCUUUCACCAUUCAUUACAUUGGUUAUUAGCAGAGCUAUUCAAACAUGUCAACUUGCUGAGUGAUGAAGCAUUGCAGCCGCACGGAUACAAGAACCUACGAGAUGUGUUCAGACGACACGUGCCUAUGCACUUCAUGCAGCUUCUUAUUGAUUACCCGCUUCGAGUUCUCGCGAUGAUUGCUCAGAUUAGGACCGGCUUGUGGGUCCGCAAUGGCUUUGUGAUCCGGGGUCAGCUUCUUCACUACAGGGACUUCAUGCUCCGAGAACUCUGCUACGACCAAGACCUGUUCAUCUUACAGUCUGCUUUCGUACUAUUAGAAGAUCCCGACUUGGUGCUCAUUAGUAUCAUUGAUCGGUUCCAACUUGUGCCGUGGUUCAAUGGAUCCGUUAAAGACAACAUCUACGAAGGUGCACCACUAUUCAAUAUGGUUGAGGAAAUUCUAUACGUGAUCGUCACCAUCCUCAGCGAGAACGCAAGUGCCGGUCAAAUGGAUCUACGAUCAGCUGUACGACGGGAAAUUAUCCACGCUCUAGCUGUUGGGCCAUGUCCUUAUACGGAUCUUGUGAAGAGGGUAGCCGAGAGAAUGGUGGACGAUGUCUGCUUCGAUCACGUCUUGCGGGAAGUGGCACACUUCCGGGCUCCUGAGUCAACGAUGGAUACCGGUAUAUACGAACUGAAAGAUGAAUGCUUCGACGAAGUCAACCCUUUCUUCUUCCACUACACGCGCAACAAGCGCGAGGAAGUCGAAAACAUCUUGAAGACGAGGCUGAGGAAGAAGACUGGAGAAGCGGAACCUGUCAUUGUCCCGAAGCCUAAUGGAAUAAACUCCGGACCAUACCAGGUGCUAUCGACGGUCUUUGACUCUCCAGUACUUCUACGCGUGAUGUACUCCUGUAUCGAUAACCUUCUGCGGUAUGCAGAUGAAUUUGAAAGGCCUGCGCCAUCCUCGGAGGCAAUUCUCGAUCAGGCAUUGCACCUUGUGAUGCUAGCCAUUGUGGAACGUGGUCCUCGAUUUGCCCUAGUCGUUGAAUCAUGCAAACUCGAACCCGAGGAUGACAAGGGGUUAUUAGACGUGUUAUGCACAUUAGAGCAUCAUCCCGUGUAUAAGGCGUAUAAACCGCGUGUCGAUUGGAUUCUAAACCGGCUCGGAGAGUUGAUUCCCUCCAAAGUUCAGGCAAAGCGUCGCGUUUUGGAUAAAUCGGGCGGACCGGCUGACCCGGAAGAAGCGAGAAAGCGCGCGGCGAAAGCGAGGCAGGCCGCAAUUAUGGAGAAGAUGAAGGCACAGCAAUCAAGCUUCGCUAUGAACUUUGAAGAGGACUUUGAAGACAGCGAGGAAAAGCAGGACAUGCAUGAAGCGGACGAAAGUCAUGUGUCUUUUGGCACCUGUUUAGUGUGUCAAGAGGACUUGAACAAGUCCAAAGGCUUUGGAGCUCUAGGUUUCAUUCAACCAAGUCGGCUCCUUCGAAAACAUCCCGAUGGGCAGAUUUCUCAUGUUAACGAAGCGCUUACGGUACCAGAAAGCUUAGAUCGUCCAGCACCAUCGCGUAUUGGUACACAAUUUCCCCCCAAAGAUGCGGAAGCAAGGGACGCUCAAAAACGAGCGAGUGGCCAGAUGUUCGACGGUUUUCAGGCCCACUACACUAAAUUCGGCCUUGUCGGCUCGACUUGCUCGCAUAUGAUGCACCUGGAUUGCUUCCAGGUGUACAAUUCAUCUAUUAAACAGAGACACAGGGCACAAGGUCAACGCAACCAUCCGGAAAAUAUCCACCGAAAGGAGUAUCUGUGCCCUCUUUGUAAGAGCUUAGGGAAUGUCGUUAUCCCCGUGUUGCUCCCUUCCUCUCGCCCGCUUAAUGCUAUGCCUUUCAGCGAUUGGGUGCGAUCCGUAGGUAUUACCAUCUUGAAGUCAAGGCCCGAUCCACAGUUGGAUGCAUUGCAGGCGAAGACAGGUACAGGAGAAUUUGUCUUCUGGGCUGCUCAGGAUCCUGGAUAUCUGCCUUAUGCCAAAGCUGAUCACGACGACCCCGAGUCACACAAAAUGCUAGACACACUAAUAGUUGUCGUUAAGAGUUUCUCACAGCAAACGAGGCAUCUACGCGAAAGGCCGGAGCCUGAGCUUAGCGAACGUGGCGCGGGCCUGUACCUACCAGAAGACCUCGUUGGUUACACUAUCAGCGUGACUGAGAUCGCGCAACGAGGCAUUGGGAAUGCUGGAUCACUCCUUGUUGACAGAGUUUCUGACCAGACGUAUACGGCGAUUCGUGGAAUGGUCGCGGACCUCAUGAGGCUUGCUGCACUUCAUUUUAAACACCGAGCAGACGAAGGCCGUGAUGCGAUCAGGCAAGCCAUUGUAAAGCGUCUUUUGCCCGAGUGGAGCCGUACUUCCUUAACUUCUUUACCAUACCCCCUACUUCUACGAGAGCCACUGACUAUCCUUGUGGAAACCGCGGCUGUGGCGCCUGAAAUGUUACGACAUGCACUCAUACCGCUAUAUUACGCUUGCCUCGCCCGGUCGGUAAUCGGGAUGAUAUACGUUCUCAACAAGUGUCGUCCUACUAACGCCAUUCCGCUUAAUGGUCGCAAGUAUGAGGCACUGUUCGGCGACCUGCGGAUAUUCUGCAUGUCUGUUGUGCGCCAGUCACCUGUAAUUGAGCACACCGCAGAGAUAGUCUUCGAUUCUUUCGGCGAGGGCCGUAUGGAAAAGCUACUCUACACUUUCACUCUUCCAUUCCUUCGUCGAGCCGCAAUUUUAUGUCGUGCUAUGCUUCCCGGACAAUUCCCGACGCCGAGUUAUGAUUCAGUUGACCGGGAUGAGUAUUCGCGACUUCUGCAGUUCCUUGGCAUUCCACCACUUUCGGAACUUCCCAUGCACGACACGCUCAAGACACUCCUUUUCGGCUGGUGUUCGCAUUAUGGCCAAUCUCACGCGGCAUCACAGCUCAACUGUGGUGUGUCUCUGGAGUUCUCUUCUAUUUAUCGCCUUGCAGAGUUGCCUCUUGUUUUGGACACGAUGUUCGGAGAGGAAGAGAAACACAUGGUGUGCAAGAGGUGUAAGACUGUCCCGGUUGAUGCCGCGAUCUGCCUUACGUGUGGCGCAAUUUGCUGUAUGCAGAGCCAUUGCUGCAGAGAAGUCGACACAAAGGAACGCGGAGAAUGCAAUCUCCACACAAGGGAGUGUGGAGGAGCAAUUGGAGUCUUCUUCCUUGUUAAGCGCUGUUCCCUCUUGUAUCUCUAUGCAGGCAAUGGGUCAUUCGUCCAGGCUCCCUACCUUGACACUCACGGUGAAAUUGACAUUUCGAUGAGGCGAGGUCGCCGUCAAUAUUUGCACUACGCGCGAUGGGAAGAAGUCCGAAAGACAUGGCUCAACCAUGGCAUCCCGACACUUAUCGCGCGAAAGUUAGAGAGUACGGUAGACAGCGGCGGAUGGGAGACAUUAUAAAGCAUUACCGCAGUACAUCUGCAUCUUUGAUUAUUACAUGUGCUUUGUUUAUACUCCGGAAUGACCUAGACUUGUAGCAAUAUUGCCCUUCACGAAUCGCUGACUGUCGAGCAUCCCCUCUUUGUAUUGCAAUGUUUUUGUCGUUGUCCGAUCAUGUGCUAUUAUCAGAAUGAACUUGUAAUUUAGUUUUC